GUUUGAGUCUAUUCAAUAUCAAAUAGUUAUUUCUGUUGGACAAGGUUGCACUGAAUUCAUGCAUACAAACAGGAAUAAAAAAAAAAAGUGACCGCUUUUCAUAAAAGGUUAAAAAAAAGAAAAAGUCAUUUUUUUCAUUUCUCUCUUUCUAUAUGCCAGAUUAUUCAACAGCACCUACACUUCCUAUUCCAGACAACCAGUUCUUAUGUGUUGAAUACCCGGGUUAUGUGAAAAAUCCAGACCGUGCUAUUCAAAAACUAGGAGGCAUCAAAACCCUGAGUGAAGCCUUAUUGACAGAUACUUCGGUUGACCUGCAUUAUCGUACUCAUCCUUUUGCUCACCCUAUUCGAGGUGAUGUCAUCAACAGCAGUAAGAUACUUGUCAAAGUCACUCGACGCGUCAAGAAAUCAACAGGAGAAACCAUAGGACCCUACAAGACAGACAUUAUGGGCACAAUAACCAAAACCAUACGGUAUCGUGCCUUGGCUGAUUUUCAAUACAAUGUGCCUCAACAGAAUCGUAUUCGUCGUCUAAAAGAGGAUUUGGGUAAAGGCAGAGUGGAUUCAUUGAUAAGAUUUGAAAUGGAGCAAGGGGACCUUGUGGCAGACGAUUUGGAGACAUUGCCUCCACCUGUCUUUACUCCUCAUGAGGCCUUGUUUGAUUAUGGGUAUCGACAAAAUACACCUGUGUUGCGUGUCCGUGUCAGACAACCAGAUGGUUCUUUCCAAAUCAAAUUGAUCAACAGAACAAAAGUCUCAAGCAGUCAUUCGACUGUUAUUCGAUUUCAAGAGGACAAUGUGCCUAUUCAACCAUGGCAUACAUUGCCUUCUUUGCAUCAUGAAUACCAAACUGAACUUCAUAAGGCAUUAGUGGAAUUGUUUGAACAACGUCCUAUUUGGUCUCGCUAUGCACUCAAGUGUUCCACAGACCCUCGCUAUCAAAAAUUCAUGAGAAGUGUAUUAAACCAUGUAGCCUAUACAUUUCAAUCAGGUCCAUGGCGUGAUUGUUGGGUGAAAUAUGGUGUUGAUCCUAGAAAAGAUAGAAAAUACCACAUAUAUCAACAAGUAGAUGUCAGAAGAAGAGUCAAUAUCAGGACACGAUGGAGACAUGUCAAGCGACCUAAACCAGACUUUGGUAUAGAUAUCAAACCAGAAACCAUCACAGAAGAACCCAGUAUGGAAGAUGAGGUGUAUCAGUUUGAUGGUCAAAUAGCACCUGGCCGUACUUCAAUGUAUCAAUUAUGCGAUAUUAAAGAUCCUGAAAUAGCACCACUUAUUACUCAUCCUGCUUAUUUAAAGGAUACUUGUUCUCGAUACAGCGGUUAUUAUUAUCACUGUGUGCUUGACCGUAUUCGUAAAGCAUUGAAAGCCAAGUAUUUCUCGAUUGUAGAUAAAGGUUAUGCAGAACCCAUGGAGGAUAUUGAGAAGGGAUUAAUGGAAGACAUUGAAAGAGAAAAAGCAAAUCAAGGACAAGAAGAAGAAGAGGAGGAGGAGGAGGAAGAAGAGGAGGAGGAUAGAGAAAGAGCAGUUCAAGAAGCGAUGUCCUUUGAUCAACCCUUAAGUGAAGUGGCUGAUAAUUAUAUUGAACAACUAGGUAAGGAAUAAACACAUGAAAUGAUAUGUUUAAACAAUCCAAAGGCAAUGUGGUAGACAUGGAUCAAUUAGAAGAAUAUGAUGUUGAAGAAGAAUGGGAUGAAGAAGAAGAGGAGGAUGAAGUCAUGGAAGAAGCCACAUCAACUGUUUAAUUCAGGAAAUAAAG